AACCCUAUAGUUUUCAACUUUUCUGCACACCACACACACACUCUCUGACCACAUCCUUUCGAUUUCCACCACUUUGGUUCAACUGCGGCCAAACAAUUCUCCUUUCUGCAAGUUGAAAAGAAGGUUUUUCAGGCGACAUGGCGGCUCGAUCGACCCGUAUUGCUAUCGUCAACAACGACCGGUGCAAGCCCAACAAGUGCCGCCAGGAGUGUAAGAAGAGUUGCCCCGUUGUCAGAACCGGUAAAAGGUGUAUUGAGGUGUCUGCUACGUCGAAGAUUGCUGAUAUAUCUGAGGACAUGUGCAUUGGAUGCGGUAUUUGUGUUAAGAAAUGUCCUUUUGAAGCCAUCCAGAUUAUCAACUUGCCUAAGGAUUUGGACAAAGACACCACUCAUAGAUAUGGUCCUAAUACUUUUAAGCUGCAUAGGCUGCCGGUGCCGAGGCGAGGGCAAGUGCUUGGAUUGGUUGGGGCUAAUGGAAUUGGGAAGUCCACUGCCCUUAAAAUAUUGGCUGGAAAAUUGAAACCAAACUUGGGUCGUUUCACUAACCCCCCUGAUUGGCAGGAAAUUUUAACCUACUUUCGAGGAUCUGAAUUGCAGGAUUACUUUACUCGUUUUCUAGAGGAUAAUUUGAAGGUUAGCAUCAAGCCUCAGAAUGUUGACAACCUUCCAAAAGACGUGCAAGGGAAUGUGGGGAAGUUGUUAAAGCAGAAUGAUGAGAGAGAUAUAAUGUCGGAGCUUUGUGCUGAUCUGGAGCUUAACCAGGUUUUGGAUCUUAAUGUUGGUGAUCUUUCAGGUGGUGAGCUCCAAAGGUUUGCCAUUGCGAUUGCUGCCAUGAAGAAUGCUGAUAUAUACAUGUUUGAUGAACCUUCAAAUUAUCUUGAUGUGAAACAGAGGCUGAAAGCUGCCCAAGUCAUCCGAUCAUUGCUCAAGCAUAAUAACUAUGUAAUUGUCGUAGAGCACGAUCUUAGUGUCUUGGACUACUUAUCAGACUUUAUUUGCUGUUUGUAUGGCAAACCUGGUGCAUAUGGAGUGGUCACCCUUCCUUUCUCAGUCAGAGAAGGAAUCAACAUCUUCUUGGCUGGGUUUGUUCCAACAGAAAAUCUUAGGUUCCGUGCUGAAUCUCUUACGUUCAAGGUUGCUGAGACUCCCCAGGAAAGUGCUGAAGAAACUCAAACAUAUGCGCGAUACAGAUACCCAACCAUGACCAAAACUCGAGGCAAGUUCGAGCUUCGUGUUGUUGAGGGAGAAUUUACUGAUUCUCAAAUUAUUGUGAUGCUGGGUGAGAACGGGACAGGAAAGACCACAUUUAUUCGUAUGCUGGCUCAGGCUGGUUCUGAUACGGAGAUGCCUCAGUUUAAUGUUUCAUACAAGCCCCAGAAGAUUAACCCUAAGUUCGAAUCAACUGUUAGACACUUGCUGCACCGUGAAAUUCGUAAUACAUAUACUGAUCCCCAGUUUGUAUCAGAUGUUAUGAAGCCACUUCUUAUCGAACGGUUAAUGGACCAAGAAGUUAAAAAACUUUCUGGUGGAGAGUUGCAAACCGUUGCCUUGUGUCUUUGUCUUGGAAAGCCUGCAGACAUCUAUCUGAUAGAUGAGCCAAGUGUAUCUCUUGAUUCUGAACAGCGAAUUCGUGCUGCCAAAGUCAUUAAGAGGUUUAUUCUUCAUGCAAAGAAAACAGCUUUUGUGGUUGAGCACGAUUUCAUCAUGGCAAAUUAUCUUGCUGACAAAGUUAUUGUUUUUUAGGGUAAACCUUCAAGGGAUUGUAUUGCAAACUCCCCACAAUCAUUGUUGUCUGGCAUGAACCUUUUCUUAUCACGUCUUGAUAUAACGUUUAGAAGAGACCCAACUAACUUUCGUCCUAGGAUCAACAAAAUUGAUUCAGCAAAGGACAGAGAACAAAAGGCUGCUGGGUCUUACUAUCUUCGUGACUAAGGUUGCCCUACCAUCCACCACCAGAGGCAUACCCUUUUCAUCAAGGGUACCCACUAUGUCAUGGCUACCCUCCACCACCAGGUCAUGGCUACACUCCACAACAUGGUUAUCGUCCCGCUGGUUAUCCUACACAUGGUUUUUACCUUCUUGUUAUACUGCUUCUCUGCUCCACAUGCUCCUGGCAUGGGAGCAAUGCUUGCUGCUUCUGCUGCUGCAUUCUAUGAUAUGGGGCUCUAUGGCCACUAUGGACAUGGCAUUUAUAUGCCAUAUGGGAAAUUCGAGCAUGGCAAGUUCAAGCAUGGAAAGUUCGGCAAGCAUGGAUUCUUCAGGAAGUGAAAAUGUUUGAUGUGCAUACAUCUUUGAGAGGAGAUUAUAGGGUGGACCAUUUUUAAGUGUUCACCGGUGAUCCACUUUUUUAGCCGUUGAUAUAAUGAUUUUUUAAAUCAACGGCUAGUAAUAGUGAAUCAUUGGAUCACUUGAAAAACGGUCCAUCCUAUCAGUUCCCUAUCUUUGAUUAUAAAUGCUGCUGCUGAUUGCUUUUUUAUAUAAACCUUGCAUUUUUAUUUUUGACUUCGGCUAAGACCAAUAAAUGAUUAAGUUUAUAAUUCUUAAUUCUAUAAAUUGAACUGAUACACCCAACAAUUGAUAUUAUGUGCAAGCUUGGUCUUUGCUGCCGCGAAUCGCAUUGUCAGUUCCAUGCCGUUAUUUUUUUUAUUUUUGCUGUAUAAUGUCAUUUUAGUUUCAGCCUCAGUUGACACUGGAUCAGUGUCUUUAUGAAGAACAGUUAUAAAGUAUAA